AUGACACAGAAAGAGGUGACGAUUGGGGCCUUGUUUCUCGUAAUUUCUGUUGCUACGACAUGUGUGUUUGAGUCUUCACUUAUUCGAAGCAUCAAGAGCUUUGAGGAAGGACGAUCCGCAGCUGUAUCACUGUCGAGUCCCCAAGUAUCGACGAGUGCUGAGGACCAACUAGUCCAUUUCUCAGGAUUGAUCACAACCACAUUGUUGGAUGGAAUUAGCCAAAAUGUAGACGAGCUUCAACUUCGGCACAGCCCAUAUGUAUUAGAUCCAAAGUUUGGCAUUAUAGUAAAAGGUGUAAAGCUACAUCGCCAUGUGGAGAUGCUACAGUGGGUGGAGACAUCUUACACUUCGACCAGCAGUACACCCGAGGACGAAGAUCGUCGGUUUGAUGAUGAUCGGGAGCGAAUUUAUAUGUACGAUUUAAGUUGGAAAGAAGAAGUGGUGGAUAGUAGUACAUUUCAUGAUAUAAGUUAUCGAAACCCUCCAUUGGAGGCUUGGAAGUACAAGUCAAUGGUUAUGAAUACGAAGAAUCUUGUGAUUGGGGAAUUUCUACUGCCUCAAGAGCUAGUAGAUCAGAUUCAACGUCGAGAUGUUGUGCACUUAGACACUUCUAGUCGUCAAAAGAUGACAAAUUUACUGGAUCGACGAAUUGGAACAACGUGGGCAACGGAAAGUGCGCUUAACAAUAUUACGGUAGAGGGAGACUUUUUUUAUUUUCGAAGCGAGACGAGGGAUCCUACUCUUGGCGACCAACGCGUGUUUUUUGAAGUGACACCCAAUUAUCCAGUGACUGUAUGUGCGAAGCAGAAAGGGAAGGAUUUGGUACCAUACAUAACUUCAACUGGUGAUUCGCUGUAUCUAUUAGAAGACGGAAUUAUGACUGCAAAUGAGCUGUUUGAUAAAAAAUCUCACGAUGAGGUGCGAAAGACCCGCUUUUAUCGGCUUUUCGCGGCCGUGCUAGGAUUCAUGGGGUUUCUAGUCCUGCGCAGAUCGCUUAUUGAACGCUUUGGAUCCGUGUUGGGUGGUAUUCAGCAGCAUUUGCUGGCUUGCACCUUAAGCAUUGCACUCACCUCUUUGGUCGUUGGAGCAAAUUGGCUUUUGUACAGACCACUGUGGGCAAUUAUGUUGUCGCUUUGUGGCUGGACGCCUCUAAUCGGUCUUUUCAUUGUCUUUCGCCCAAAACAUGGGCACAAAACUCAAUGA